AGGUGACAUUGAAGCGACUGUUAUUUUUAUUACGUGUGCUUCGGGUAUAAAUACGAACCCGAGGACCUAUCCAAACCACUUCUCGGCGAGCAACCACCGCAACCGAUAAUGAGGGUCUUCGUCUAUCUUCUGUCAGCGCUUGCGCUCUGCCAAGCUUACGACUACAAGGAAGUGCUCCGCGAUUCGAUACUCUUCUACGAAGCUCAGAGAUCGGGAAAACUGCCCUCUGAUCAGAGGGUCACGUGGAGGAAGGACUCAGCUCUGAACGACAAGGGCCAGAAAGGCGAGGACCUCACAGGCGGUUACUAUGACGCUGGUGACUAUGUCAAGUUCGGUUUCCCUAUGGCGUACACAAUUACCACCAUAGCUUGGGGGAUUGUGGAUCAAGAAGCAGGGUACAACUCAGCAAGCGCUCUGGCUGAUGCUCGCAAAUUGAUUAAAUGGGGCACGGACUACUUCAUCAAGGCGCACGUGAGCCAGAACGAAUUGUACGGACAAGUAGGACAAGGAGAUGUGGACCACGCAUACUGGGGGCGUCCCGAGGACAUGACGAUGAGCAGACCCGCGUACCACAGAUCCGGCGACUACAAGGACGAGCUGGUGUGGGCUGCAGUGUGGCUGUACAGGGCAACCAACGACAACACCUACCUGACCAAAGCGGAACAGUUAUACAACGAUUUCGGCCUUGGGAACUGGAACGGUGGUUUCACUUGGGAUCAGAAGAUCUCUGGAUUACAGGUGUUGCUGGCUAAGAUCAAAGGCACACAAUCUUACAAGGACAAGGUGCAAGGCUACUGCGACUACAUCACGACUUCCCAGCAGAAGACACCAAAGGGUCUCGUAUACAUCGACCAAUGGGGCUCCCUUCGAAUGGCUGCCAAUGCUGCAUUCAUUUGUGCUCAGGCCGCGGAUCUGGGUAUCAAUGCUGCUAGUUACCGUGCAUUUGCCAAGAAGCAGAUCGAUUACAUCCUGGGAGAUACUGGACGCAGCUUCGUGAUUGGCUAUGGCACCAAUCCACCCACUCACCCGCAUCACAGAUCCAGCUCUUGCCCCGACGCCCCAGCGGUGUGUGACUGGAACGCAUACAACAGCGCCAGCCCCAACGUCCACGUCCUGACCGGAGCCUUGGUGGGCGGUCCUGAUAGCAGCGACAACUACAAGGACGAACGCAGUAAUUACGUCUCCAACGAGGUCGCCACAGACUACAACGCCGCGUUCCAGGGUCUUCUGGCUUACUUGAUAAAGAAUAAUCUGUAAAUUUACGCAUCAGUGCUAUGACAUAAAUGCGAUGGAUGUGCGCAAAAUGACAAGAAAAC